GCUUGGAGAAGAAUCUUCUAGAAGAAUCCCUGUAUGAAGAGGUGGCAGAUGACGCCCCUGCCUUGGGAGCCGGGCACCCCGGGACACAGGCGGGAGAGGCCCGACCCGCCUCCCUUCCCCCGCACCGAGCUGGGGGCCUGCGCAAGCUGCUGGCCUGGUCCACCCCGGGGCCCAACGCCACGCGGCCCUUCCCCACCAGGACCCGGGCCCCCCCGACCUCCCCGCCAGGCAGGACCUCCGCUGAGCAGGCGCAGUGGCUAAGCCAAGUGGAGUCCUUCAUUGCCCGGCAGAGGAGGGGUGACCAGAGGGGGCUCCCCAAAAGCCACGAGGCUGAGGAGGCGGCAGUGGUGGAGGAGGAGGAGGAGGAGGAGGACGGAGAAGAGGAGGAGGAGGAGGACGGGGACGGGGGCGGCGGCCCGGAGUACUCACCCGCCCUGGACCCCGUGGUGAAUUGGGAGCGCACUUUCAGCGCCCGCAGCCCUGACUUCCAGGCGCUGCGCACGGACUGGAUCGACCUGAGCUGCAACACCUCCGGCAACCUGCAGCUGGCCGAGCCCGAGGCCCUGGGCGUGGCCAGGGUCUUCCUGCGGAAACUCAGCCACAGGAGCCGAGGGCGCUACCAGCUGCAGCGGGUCGUGAACGUGGAGAAGCGCCAGGACCAGCUGCGCGGGGGCCGCUACCUCCUGGAGCUGGAGCUGCGGGAGCCGAGCGGGCGCCUGGUGCGGCUGUCGGAGUAUGUGUCCACCCGCGGCUGGCAGGGCGGCCGGCCGGCUGGUGGGGAGAUGGUGGAGGCCCGGAACCUGCAGGGCCUGGUCUGGAACCCACAGGGCCAGCAGGGGCCUGUCCUCAACGCCCGGGACCCGGAGCCCAAGCUGUGCUGGCCCCAGGGCUUCUCCUGGAACCACCGCGCUGUGGUCCACUUCAUCGUGCCCGUGAAGAAUCAGGCGCGCUGGGUGCUGCAGUUCAUCCGAGACAUGGAGAGCCUGUCCCGGCUCACCCGCGACCCCGACUUCAACAUCAUCAUCACCGACUACAGCAGUGAGGACAUGGACGUGGAGCGGGCGCUGACCGCCUCCAGCCUGCGGAGCUACCAGUACCUGAAGCUAAGUGGGAACUUCGAGCGCUCGGCGGGCCUGCAGGCCGGCAUAGAUCUGGUGAAGGACCCCCACAGCAUCGUCUUUCUCUGUGACCUCCACAUCCACUUCCCGGCCGGGAUCAUCGACACCAUCCGGAAGCACUGUGUGGAGGGCAAGAUGGCGUUCGCGCCCGCACUGCUGCGGCUGAGCUGCGGGGCCUCGCCCCGGGAGGCCGAGGGCUACUGGGAGGUGAAUGGCUUCGGGCUGCUGGGCAUCUACAAAUCAGACCUGGACCGGAUCGGGGGCAUGAAUACCGAGGAGUUCCGGGACCGCUGGGGCGGCGAGGACUGGGAGCUGCUGGACAGGGUCCUGCAGGCCGGCCUGGAGGUGGAGCGGCUCUUCGUCAGGAACCUCUUCCACCACUUCCACUCCAAGCGCGGCAUGUGGGACCGGCGCCCCGCGCACGCGCCCUGAGCG